AUGGGUGCUGCACUCUCUGGCCUAUUUGGCGGCAAUGAGGAGAGUGAAAGAUUGAGACAGAGGGUGGAAGAGCUGGAAGCACGGCUGAAAGCAGAGGAGGAACAGCGUUCACGCGAAGCACAGGCGAACCAGCUGAGAGCAGAGGCGGACAAGCGUACACGCGAAGCCCAGCAGCAGCUGAACGAGAUGAGAGACCAACUGCGCGAGAUGCAGCAGAGCGAAGCCAAACAGCGAGAGAUUCUCAAAGAACUAGGCUACUCCCCAGACGAGCCGAAAAUCACGAAGAACCUUAUAGCCAAAGCCCGAAAGGCGCUCGGCUAUGUCAAGGGCAAGCAGAAUGUUGUCUUUGUUGGAAAUGUCAAUGUCGGCAAGUCAUCGCUGGUGAAUGCUCUCCGCGGCGUGCUCAACAGAGACGCCACCGCCGCCCCCGUGGGUGCGAGCCAAGUCACGUUGACUUCGGGUCGUUAUGAGACUCGCCACCAUCCGGAUCUGGUUCUAUUUGACACUCCCGGCGCGGGCACCCUGGACGUGCCAGCCUUUAGGUACUUUUAUGAGCACCAGCUAUUCGCCUUCGACACUGUGGUCCUCGUCCACGAUACAACCUUGACGAUGCCCGACAUUCGACUGCUCCAGCUGUGCAGCAUUGCUCAACUACCAUAUAUAGCCGUCCGAACCAGAGCUGAUAAUCAUAUAAGGAACUACGCAGCGGAUGGCUGGACGCUUGAGGAAGCACGAGAGAGAUUCAUUGCCGAGGCUCGUCAAGACGCUGCCCAAUGCCAAAGACAAGUCAGGGAAAAGUGGCCAGAGCACGGAAUCACAAUUCGAGAUCACAUCGUCUCCGCCACGGGAGUCCGGAGUAUCCUUGAGGGUGCAGCAUCAUCCAAUGACCCGGCCACUGCAUACAUUGACGAGUGGGAUCUUGUGUGUGCACUGUCGCUCCGGGGUGCGGCCCCAGCGAUUACCGCAAACUAG